ACAGCACUACCUUUUGUUCCAGCUCUAACUCGCAUCGCACGCUUUUUUCCGUCUGUUCGGGUCGUUUGGCUUUAAGAAAUACAAAUUUCAAAAUUAACAACUAAUUAGCCAGUAACGUGCGAAUAAAUCGGAACUAAACGCGGAAGAUCGAUUGCUAGAACACAACAAUAAGAAAGUACUAGAAAUCCGGAAAGUCUUUUUUAUCACAACGCGCGUGCGAAACAAAUACACAGGCCCAAACGCACACCCACAUACGCAUUUGCCACUGACGCAAAAGCGAGGAAAACAGUGAAAAAAAAGGAAUUGACAAAUAACAACGUUUGCCAAGCACUGGACUCUUGUCGCUGUUGUUGUUUAACGUAGGAACUGCCACGCAUGGACGACGAAAUCAUCGAAAUAAGCGAUAGCGAACGCGAGGAAAUCUCUUCCAGUUCAGAUAUGGACGUUGAAAUAACGAUGGAGCAGCCGGGGAUCGACGUCAAAGUCGAGGCGGACGAGGAAAUUGUGCCCAAGGACGCGGCAACCAUUGCCGAAGAGAAAAAGAAACUGGGCAACGACCAAUACAAGGCGCAAAACUAUCAGAAUGCACUCAAGCUCUACACUGAUGCCAUAUCGUUGUGUCCGGACUCGGCGGCAUACUAUGGAAAUCGGGCUGCCUGCUACAUGAUGUUGCUGAACUAUAAUAGCGCCCUGUCCGAUGCCCGCCACGCCAUCCGCAUCGAUCCUGGUUUCGAAAAGGCCUACGUCCGGAUAGCCAAGUGCUGUCUGGCUUUGGGCGAUAUCAUUGGUACGGAACAGGCGGUCAAAAUGGUCAACGAGCUGAAUUCACAGAGCACGGCUGUUAGUGGUGAAGAGGCAGCGGCCCAAAAGUUGCGCCAACUGGAGGCCACCAUUCAGACCAACUACGACACAAAGGCUUACCGCAAUGUUGUCUUUUACCUGGACAGUGCCUUGAAAAUGGCACCCGCUUGUUUGAGAUAUCGCCUUCUUAAGGCUGAGUGCCUUGCGUUUUUGGGACGUUGUGAUGAAGCCCUGGACAUUGCAGUGGGUGUAAUGAAGCUGGACACGACUUCGGCGGAUGCGAUUUACGUGAGGGGACUGUGCCUGUACUAUACCGACAACCUGGAGAAGGGCAUUUUGCACUUUGAGCGCGCUCUGACCCUUGAUCCGGACCAUUUUAAGUCCAAGCAGAUGCGCAGCAAGUGCAAGCAGCUCAAGGAGAUGAAAGAGAACGGCAAUAUGUUAUUUAAAUCGGGUCGCUAUCGCGAAGCACAUGUCAUCUACACGGACGCCUUAAAGAUCGACGAGCACAACAAGGAUAUCAAUUCGAAACUGCUUUACAAUCGGGCAUUGGUUAACACAAGGAUUGGCAACUUGCGAGAGGCUGUGGCCGAUUGCAAUCGAGUUUUGGAGCUAAACAAGCAGUAUCUGAAAGCCCUGCUGUUGCGUGCCCGGUGCUAUAAUGAUCUGGAGAAAUUCGAGGAGUCGGUGGCCGAUUACGAGACAGCGCUGCAGCUGGAGAAGACGCCCGAGAUCAAGCGACUGCUGCGCGAGGCCAAAUUUGCGCUGAAGAAGUCGAAGCGAAAGGAUUAUUACAAAAUCCUGGGCAUCGGACGCAAUGCAACCGAUGACGAGGUUAAGAAGGCGUACCGCAAGAAGGCAUUGGUCCAUCAUCCCGAUCGACAUGCCAACAGCAGUGCCGAGGAGCGCAAGGAGGAGGAGCUGAAGUUCAAGGAGGUAGGCGAGGCGUACGCCAUUCUGUCUGAUGCGCAAAAGAAAGCACGGUACGACAGCGGACAGGAUAUCGAAGAGCAAGACCAAGCCGACUUUGAUCCUAAUCAAAUGUUCCGCUCGUUCUUCCAAUUCAACGGCGGCCGCCCCGGCCGUGGUCAGAAUACUUCGUUCAAUUUUGAGUUCUAAGAUCCCAGCGUUUUGCUCAGCGCCGCUGACCAUCACUCCCAUUUAUCUGCCUCAUCGGAAGCCAACGACGUGACCCAACAUACAGCAGCGCACAAAUUUAAAACUCUUGCAUUUUUUCCAACAAAAAGAUGAAAUACAUUUUGUUUAUGUUAUAUGAAUGAAAAACAAAACAAAUUCUAUGGAUAUCUGUGAAAAUCAUAUAACAAAAUUACUGGUAUAUUUUCACAUUUUAAAUGUUUCAUUUUUUUUAAGAUCUUUUCGGCGGUAUAAAAUGAAAUGAAAAUAAAAUAUCAAAGAAAUAUGUAAAUUCAAAAUAUAUAUCCAGUUGUUGUUGGAUCCGCCGGCCUGGCGAAUCCUGCGCCUGUGUGCGUUCGUUCAGAUUAUAUAGAAGGAGUAACUGAUUAAUUAAUGAUUAAUGAAAACGUAGCCUUAUUGUAUAACCAAUUUUAUUUGUAUUCAUUAAGCCAGACACUUAAGUUACGUUUCUAAGUUACAAAACACAAACAUAUGCUAAAACAAAACACAAAACAAUCAAAAACCAACUACGCAUGCGAUUUAAUUUUUAUUUUGUGUAAUUAAACGAUGAACAUUAUAGACAAAGUAAAAACAUUAAGUAAAACCGA